AUGCAUUUUGAUGCUUCUACUUCAUUCAUUCCCUCUAACUGGAAGCCACCUGAGAAUGAUGUGUUAAAAUUUAAUGUUGAUGCUUCAUUUGAUGCAAUAUCUAAUACUCUUGGUACUGGUGUUGUUUUACGCUCUCAUACAGGUGACUGCGAAGGGGUCAAAGGAUUCUACUCAAAUGGAGUUUUAAGUCCCGAGGCUGGAGAAUGCACUGCCAUACUUGAAGCUCUACAGUGGGCCAAAGAAAAGAAACUCACAAGGAUUCAGAUUGAAGCAGAUGCAAAGCUAGUAGUACAAUCGAUAACUGAUAAUGUUCUUCUCAUACAAUUGGAGAACAGGAAUAUCUUAAAACAGAUCAAGAAUCUUAGUUCAAGUUUUAUUCAUUGCAGUUUUUCUUUUGUCAGUAGGAAUGAUAAUAGAGUAGCUGAUCUAGUUGCAAAAACUGUCAGAGAAUCAGCUACUAGCUUAUUUCUUCUUAGUAACUUUUCUGGGGAAAUUUGUAAUCUCUUGGCAAGAGAUAUUAACAAUAUUUCAUCAACUUAA